AUGGAUGAUACAGUAGUUUCUCCAGGUAACAAAAUGGGAGAUUCGGCAUCCGAAAGCGAUUCUAGUUCUCUUGAUGGCGGAGCUAUGCUUCCUCCCAGUACGGUGUCUCGCGAUCAGUUGCAGAAAAGAAUUGAGUCGCUGCAGCAACAAAAUAGAGUGUUAAAAGUAGAACUUGAUACUUACAAACUGCGUGUGAAGGCACUACAGGAAGAAAACCGUGCUCUGAGACAGGCAUCAGUUUCUAUUCAAGCAAAAGCUGAACAAGAAGAGGAAUAUAUUUCUAACACACUAUUGAAAAAAAUUCAGGCCCUGAAGAAAGAAAAGGAAACUUUAGCCCAUCACUAUGAAAGGGAAGAAGAAUGUCUUACCAAUGACUUGUCUCGGAAGUUGAACCAAUUGCGACAGGAAAAAUGUCGAUUGGAGCUUACUCUGGAGCAAGAACAGGAAUGUCUGGUCAAUAAAUUAAUGCGCAAAAUUGAAAAACUUGAAGCAGAAACUCUUGCUAAGCAAACAAAUUUAGAAAGACUCCGUAGGGAAAAGGUAGAACUUGAAAAUACAUUAGAACAAGAGCAAGAGGCCUUGGUUAACCGGCUUUGGAAACGGAUGGAUAAACUUGAGGCUGAAAAACGUUCACUCCAAAUAAGACUUGAUCAACCAGUGUCUGAUCCUGCCAGCCCUAGGGACAUUAGUAAUGGAGACACAGCUUCUAACUUAAGUAAUCACAUCCAGACAUUGCGUUCGGAAGUUGUGAAAUUAAGAAACCAGUUAGCAGUAUCCCAAAAUGAAAAUAAAGAAAAAAUGCACCGCUUUGCACUUGAAGAAAAAUACAUAAGGGAUGAGAACCUACGCUUGCAACGAAAACUACAACAAGAGGUUGAACGUCGAGAAGCCUUGUGUCGACAUCUUUCUGAGAGCGAAUCUUCACUAGAAAUGGAAGAAGAAAGACAAUUUAAUGAAGCUAUGGGUGCUCGGUCCCGUAGCGUUUCGUCGCCAGGUGGGUCGCGUCCACUGUCUCCAUAUGCUUCACCGUUGCUGCCUAAUGCUGCCGGUCUGCCAAUGUCACGUCCCAACCUACACUUCAGUUCUCAGGUGCGACGGCCAACGAGUGAGCGAUUCGUUAAGCCGGCGGUGCCCGCGGUGCCGGGCGGCGCGUCCAUGUUGUGCCGCGGCGCGCUCGAGCCGCCCGCCGCGCCGCCCACGCACGCCCCGCACCCCGCGCCCCCCACCUCCCCGGCACUCGCGCAACCCGCUAGCCCCAUGGACACCUCCGUGGACACCUCCAGGGACUAG